AUGGAGGACUCGGAUGUCAUCGAUGGACUCAACAUCAGGUUCCUCAAACUCUUCGGAAUGUGGAAAGCUGUCAACGAAUACAGGAAUACUGGGAAAAGGAACCUCAUCAUAAAAAUAUAUAUUUUUGGAUCAUUCCUCCUCACUGUACCAGCUGCUAUAUUUCAAACACAAAGCGUAUUCACGAUAGAAUUCGACAUACAGAAGGCAACCUUCAUGUACAUGCACACUCUGCCAGCUAUUUCCUUGUGUUGUAGGAUUAUCGUGUUUUGGUUUCGAAUGGACAGCCAGUGCAAGCUCUAUGACCUCAUGAGGAGCGACUUCUUCAACGUUCCAGAACGCCUGAGAGCUAGAGUAAGAGAAGUGUACAAGGAUACCAACAGAUUAUCUAACUUCUGCUGUUUGGUCCCUUUUAUCUGGAAUACAGGGAUCGAAAUCUGGUUCAUCGCUUUUCCAGGAGUAUCUGUCGAGUACAUACAACACCGCACGGGCAGUAUGUCUGCGGUAACAACCGGCAAAUGGAAGAUAUUGAGUGGUUGGUAUCCAUUUCACGUGGAAGAUUAUCCAUACUACCAAAUCGUGUUUGUAUACGAAUCUCUAUGUCUGCUAUGGGCCGCAAAUGUCAUGGCUAUGUAUUUUUCUUUAUUUUAUCAAAUAUUAAUGUGCCUCUAUGCUCAGUUCGUUGUACUUGGCUUCCGUCUAUCGAAUUUGAAAGUUGAUUUUAUUGAUAGUAACACGAGAAGUUUCAAAACAUCAGAUGAAAACGAGACUAAUUCAAGAAUUAAUAAGGAAUUGAAUGAAAUCUUAAGAGACCAUCAAAAACUUUUAAGAUACGCAGAAAAACUAAGAAGCAUUUAUAAUCCGUUGGUUACAAUGACGCUCGGAAUUGGAAUUCUCAUUUUAAUUAUAGGUGCUGCACAGCUUCUACUUGGAAAAACGAGUGAUCCUAGUUUUUUAUUUCAACUCUUCCAAAUAUUUUCUUUUCAAUUCAUUGAAAUGUCUUUGUUCUGCUUUGGUUCAUCACUUAUUGAGACUGCGAGCACGGACCUCCACUUCGCGGUGUACUGCAGCGACUGGUACCGAGCUGAUGUGAAGUUGAGGAAGGCCAUCCAAAUGAUGAUGGUGAGGGCUAGGAAGAGUACUAACCUAACUGCAAUCGCUAUGUACCCAAUCAACAUGGAAACCCUGGGCUCAAUUUGUCAGUUCACUUACUCAACGGCUGCAUUGAUGUCCGGAAUGGUAGAAUAG